GUAAUGUUUUGAGAACAUCAUUCUGAGUGUCGAACCUAAGGUGAGAGUACGUAGUUUGCUAGAAUUUCAACUGAACUAGAUAAAAAAUGCAACCGGCGGUGCUGAUAGUUUCGAUUGCAGCCAUUGUCUGUUCGGCGGUAGCAGCGCCUCAACAGCAUCUGGAUGAUAUAAGCAAAAUUCCAAACGGAGAAAAGCACGCUUUGGAAUGUCUUUUGUCUAGUGGAUUGAAAAUGGAUGCGUUACAAGCGUUGCACCGCGGUGACUACUCGGUAGCGGGAGAUCAAUCCAAGUGUCUAGUGAGGUGUUUCUAUGAAAAAGCCGGCUUCAUGGACGCGCAGGGUACGCUUCAAGAAGACGCUAUAACUAAACAAUUGAGUACAUUUAUGCCUAAAGAGCAUGUGGAAGAAUUGGUGAAAAGAUGCAAUACCCAAGGAACCGAUCCAUGUGAUACGGCUUUACGCUCGGUGGAGUGCUACUACGAAAACAAAGCUGGAUUGCUCUGAAUGGUUUUUAGUUAAAUUUCCACUGUUCUGUGUUAGCACGUGAUUCCUAGUAUGGAUGAUGGUUUAAAGACAGAAAUAAAUUCUAAUUACAUACCAUUCAUGACGCAGGUGAUAGGUUAUGCAAUGUGCGUAAAGCAAAGCGUAGUAAUUAAA